CCAAGUACCCACCACGCUUGAAUCUAAAUAACUCCAACUUCCUUCUCUUCUUGUUCACAUCUCCCUCCUCUUGUUCCUGAGGUUAUUUUUGCCAUUUCAGGAGGGGAUUGUCUGUAACAAUGGCCAUGGCUAAGUUCUUUGCUGCCUUGUCCUUGGCUCUCCUUGCCAUCUCCAUGCUUCAAACCAUGGUUUUGGCAAAUCAUGGGCAUGGAGGUCAUCACAAGGGCAAUAAUGCCUAUGGACCUGGGAGUCUCAAGAGCAGCCAAUGCCCGUCAGAAUGCACGAGGAGGUGCAGCCAGACGCAGUACCACAAGCCCUGCAUGUUCUUCUGUCAGAAAUGCUGCAAAAAGUGCCUGUGUGUGCCUCCUGGGUUUUACGGGAACAAGGCCGUGUGCCCUUGCUACAACAACUGGAAGACCCAGCAAGGAGGACCCAAGUGCCCCUGAUUAAUUGAUCCCUUAAUUAACUAUAUAUAAUAAUAAUAUAUAAUAUAAGUUACAUAUAUACAUGAAAUGUAUGAGUUCUCUUUUGAACUGGGUUUGUUCUGUUGAUUUGAGAAAGACUUGAAUUUGUCAUUGUCUUGCCAAUUUCCGGUCACUGAGAAAUUGGUUUGAAUUAGAGAAACCCUAAUAUGUAUUGUCAUGAAUGCAAUUUCUGGUUUUAUAAAUGGAAUAAUUUUUAUAUUAAAA